AUGAAGUUCUUAUGCAUUUAUUAUUUUGUUCUUAUUAUUAUUCGUCUUAUAGUAGCUCAAUUUUACAAUGAACUUGUUAAUGACAAAGAUGAUGAUCUCGCCGUUUUCAUCCUGACGAUAUUGACAGAUAUUCUACUUUAUAUGACUUUAUGUCAUACAUAUGCAUCCAUUGAUGAUAAAGAUCAAAUUUAUAAUAUUAUUCUCUAUGAUUCAACAUGUUGUAUAUCUCUUCUUGCAUUGUCUCGUCCAUUAUCGCAUGCCUGGAUAAAAUUUCUUCUCGUCGCAAUUAAAUUAUUUAGCCUAUAUGAAAUGUAUUUUUUCAUGGUGAUAUUUGCUGCUCUUGGCAUGCUCGUUUCUUUCCAUGAUCAAACAAUAUUGUUCAUGAUUAUGUGUUGGUCGCUGUUUAUUAAACGAUGGCUUUCAUUUAUUGAAAAUUAUACAACGAAAGAACAAAUGAAUAAAUUAUUAAAUUGUAGUUUAUUAAUCAUUUUAAGUAUAUAUGCUUAUUACAACAGCAAACAAUUGAUAGUUAUGACUUGGAUUAGUCCACCUUGGAUGAUAUAUUUUGAUCUCUUUUUCACCUUAUAUUCAUUUAGUUCACCAUUUAUAUGUACAGAGGAAAAUCAUUUUGACACUUGCUAUGCUUUCAAAGAACAAGAAGGUUGCUGCUUAUCUUCAAUUCAUAUUCAAUUAGAAAAUAUUAUUAAAAAAGUUACACAUUGGAACUUUUCUUUCGAUAUUCGAUGGGUCCAUUUAACUAUUUUUGGAUUUGUUAUCAUUUUUCCACUUAUUCUUAUGAUUAUACUGGGUGAAGAUGAGAAGAAGACAAAACAAAAGUACAUCUCAUCGACAAUAGGUUUAUUAAUGAUAAUGAAUACAGGAUGUAAAAUUGCCCUUGACGUUUCUGACAAGUCAUGGACAAAUUGUGGACGAAUUCUUCUUUUUUCAAUAUGGUUCUUAGUCAAUAUUGGUAUUCUAGUUUUCUAUUACUAUCUUUAUUCACCUUCAUCGUUCUACAAUAUUUAUGGUUAUCAUCAUUUUCCAAUACCACCUGAUAUAGUCGAAUUUCUAUGCUAUUAUGCGUUGAUUUUUACCAGAAUUUUCUAUUAAUUGCAAGCAAUGACAACAAAUACAAGAAUGACUGUAGUUUGGCGAGAAUUUUUUUUUUCAAUUUUCUCUUAUAAACGAAUUUUAUUAUUGAAUAUCAAGGAAAAUUACGCGUAAUAAUAUUAGUUAUAAAAAAUAAAACUUAGCACAUGUUCACUAGUUGGGUGUAGGUGUGGGUGUGGGUGGGUG